AUGGAAGUUCAACCUCAAGUAUUAGAAUUUACUGGUAUGUGAUUUCAAUUACAGGUCAUUAACUGUGUGGGAUCAAUUCGGUAUAUCAAAAUUUCACCCUCCCCAGUUGUUCCAUGCAUGGUCAUGAUUUUUCAUUGAUACUAACAAAUUAUAAAGGUUCAUUUACCAAGCAAACUACAGAAUAUUUAACAUUAUCAAAUCCAACCAAUACUCCUUUGGCUUUUAAAGUUAAAACUACGGCUCCAAAAUUAUAUUGCGUUAGACCAAAUGCUUCAAUUGUUCAACCUGGUGGAUCAUUAGAUAUUUCAAUUAUUUUGCAAGGUUUUUCACAACCAUUACCACAAGAUUAUAAAUGUAGAGAUAAAUUUUUAUUAGUUUCAUUACCUGCUCCUCAUUUAACAGAUGCUUCAAAAGUUGGUGAACAAUGGGCUCAAUUAGAAGCUCAACAUAAAUCUCAAUUAGUUUCAAAAAAAUUAAGAGUUAAUUAUGUUAUUGGACCAGAUAAAGAAUCUACAGGUCAUGGUCUUGGUGCUGGUGCUGGUGCUGGUGCUGCAGCGGUUUCUCAACCACCUCAACAACCUGUUCAACAACAACAACAACAACAACCACCACCUCAACAACAACAAUUUCAACAACAUGCUGCACCACCUCAACAACAAACUCUUCAACAACAAGCUGCUCAUCAAAAUAGUUAUGAUGGUGCUGCUGCUCUUGCUGCUACUGGAAUUGGUGCUGGUGCAAUUGGUACUGGUGCUGGAGCUGGAGCUGCUGGAGCUGCUUUAGCUUCAGAUAAUUCAUUUACUAAUGAUAGAUCAUUUGAUACUUCAUCUCAUAAUGGUUAUAAUUAUUCUUAUCAACAACAACAACAACAACCUCCAGUUACUCAACAAUAUCAACAACAACCACCAUUACAUCAACAACAUAGUUAUCAAUCUCAAAUUCCUCAACAAUCAUAUGGUCAUCAACAAGUUCAAUCUCAACCAUCUCCAGAAUUACAAAGAGAAUUGGAAGCUUUAGCAAGACAAGUUCAAACAUUAUCUACUAAAUUAGAUCAAAAUGAAAAAAGAGCUACUGGUGUUUCAAAUCCAGUUUCUAAUUUAGUUACAAAUGAAAAUGGUGAAAUUAGUGGUAUUUCAUUACCUGUUGCUUUAGUAUUAGUUUUAAUUGCUUUCUUAAUUGGUUGGUUAGUAUUUUGA